AAAAAAGGAUAUUCUUUCCGAAUUUUCAUUAGAUUGAUUCAUGAUUCAUCUAAUUCCAUCCAUGCGAUUCGAUUAAUUUGGCAGCAAUGUAGAAACAAUGUUUGUCUAUGAACUAAUGGCACUCAUUUCAUUCAGUAGUUUCUAGUUCAACUGUUUAUCUACAUUGUUUUUAUUCCUCCGAAUAUCAUUUUUAACUGUUACUUACUGUUUUGUGAAUCAUGUGUGGAAUUAUUUGUGAAAUUUGUUAUACAGGAAAAAGCCUUAUCCGCAAUGAUGACAGAAUUUUAGAAAGGAAUAAAAAUAGAGGACCUGAUUGCAACAGUUGUACUGAAAUUUAUUUAGAUGACGGAAUUACUAUACUUUUCUAUGGUUCGGUAUUAUGGAUGCAAGGACUAGAACCUACAGUACAACCAGUUCAAACAGAGACAGGGGUUCUUUUGUAUAAUGGUGAUAUAUUUGAUGAAACCUGGACCAAUGAAAAAAGUGAUACACAACAAAUCAUGGAAAAACUAGAUAAUGCAUCAAUCCUAUCAUCAGAAGACAUUGUUAUAGAACUGAAAUCAUUAAAAGGUCCAUUUAGUCUAAUCUAUUAUAAUAAACUAACACAAGAUUUAUAUUUUGCAAGAGACAAACUAGGAAGAAACAGCAUGUUAUUUUAUAAAAAUGAAAGUUCGUUACUAAUUAGCAGUGUUUUAGGUAGAAAAUAUGAAUGUAUAGAAGUGCCAGCUACACAUAUCUAUGUAUUAAAUAUAAAAAGUAAUGAUAUGACACUUGUACCAUGGAAUUGUGAAAUCAGUGAUACAACAAGUUUAGAAGAGUGGAAAUCAAUAGUGCAAAAUCAACAAUGUUUACCAGAUGAUGAAUUUAUUUUCCCUUUUGAUGAUAGUAUACAACUGGAUGAUAAGGACAAUAUAGUAAAAUAUAUAGAAAACGUAACUGAGAAUACUACUGGAAAAUUAGAUGUGAUGAAGAAAUUAAUGGAUAAUAAUAUUAUCAAUGACAUGGUAUCAAAAAUUAUUGAUUUGCUUUCCAAGAGUGUUCAAAUAAGACUAAAACAACAGCCCAAUAAAUGUAAAGAUUGUUUGGCUUCUAAUAAUACAACUUGCAAUCACUGUACUACAGGUAUUUUAUUUUCCGGAGGAUUAGAUUGUUCUAUCUUAGCUUUCAUGGCAAAUAAGUACUUACCGGAAGAACAAAUUAUUGAUCUUAUCAAUGUCGCAUUCGAAAAAGACGGAAAUUCUACCUUUGAAGUACCAGACCGAAAAACGGGAAAGCAAUCUUUACAAGAAUUACGAAAACUGUGCCCAUCGAGGAAAUGGGUAUUUAAAGAAGUAAAUAUAACAAGAGAAAUGCUAGAAAUCAUGCAAGAGUCAAUUAUUGGAGACUUGGUUUACCCAAGACAGACCAUUUUAGAUGAAAGUCUUGGUUCUGCUCUGUGGUUCGCUGCAAGAGGCGAAGAUGAAAAAAAUGUAUCUCCUUGCAGGGUAUUACUUUUAGGAUCAGGAGCUGAUGAAUUAUUUGGCGGAUAUACUAGACAUAGGAAUGCAUUUAAAAGAAAAGGUUGGACUGGACUCCGUAAAGAAUUAUUAUUAGAUUGGUCACGAAUUUCAUUUCGGAAUUUGGCUCGUGAUAACCGGGUGAUUUGUGAUCACGGUAGGCAACCCCGCUUGCCAUAUCUGGAUGAAGAUUUUUCAAAAUUUGUUUUAGAAUUGAAACCUUGGCUAAAAUGUUUUCCUGCUGAAAAUUUGGAAAAUGGAAUUGGUGACAAACUUAUGUUGAGGCUUGUCGCUUAUAAAUUGGGAUUAAUAGAUGUUGCAACUUUACCUAAACGUGCUCUACAAUUUGGAUCCAGAAUAGCUAACAAAAAAGAAAAAGGAAGUGAUAUUUCAAAAACUUUCCGCAAAUAAUUUCUUUGUUACAUGUAACACGAAAUUGUACUAAUAAAAUUAUUUUAUAAAUG